UGAUAUUUUGAUCCACUGCGUAUUUCCCUUUGAAUUAUUAUUUUAGUGAUUAAAUUCUUACAUAAGCGGGAAAAAUGAGCGAGGUAGACUGGGCUCGGUUUGGCCUCGCCACACCUACACCGGCCGCGACAUCGGUUCCGGACGGCGGCUUGGAAACAACGGCAACCGAAUCAACAGGUGGCACCGAGUCAACAGGUGGUAUAGAGUCAACUGGUGGAAUAGAGUCAACAGGUGGUAUAGAGUCAACGUGUGGCACCGACGCAUCAACGUCGUCAGAGGCAACAGAAGCAACGCGGUUGAGGAACCCGGAAAUCGAAGAGGCCCUUUAUGGUGGCAGAGAAGAGGAUCUCUUCUCCGAAGCAAAGGGGGAGAGGCCGUGGUGGUUGUUCCGGCAGUUCUUCGUGCGCGAGCGGCUGUUGCUUGGUCGCUGGGACGGAGUGUUCACGUCAUGCAUGGUCAACCUGCUGGGCGUGAUCCUGUUCCUCAGAGCGGGAUGGAUCGUCGCCCAAGCCGGCGUCGCAAUGGCUAGUCUCAUAGUUUUUAUGUCAGUGUUGGUGGUGCUGACGUCAGUGUUGUCGGCUGUAGGUAUCUGCGAGCGCAGUGUGGACAGAGGGGAUGACGAGGGCGCCUCCAGAGGGGGAGUUUACUUCCUCAUCGCACAUGUCAUGGGGGGCCGCGUGGGCGCCGCCGUGGGGCUUAUUUACUGCUUUGGUCAGACGGUUUCCAUCACCCUCUGCGUGGCGGGAUUUGGCGAGAGCAUCGCUGAGCUGCUGCAAGCGUCCGGUGCUGCGUCGGUGUGGCUCGAGCGCGGCGUGUCUGCGGCCGCCUUGCUGGUGCUGGCGUUCAUUAACAUGGCUGGCGUAAAAUGGGUCGUAAAAGUUCAGUUUCUGCUUCUCUUCCUCAUUUUGCUCGCCGUUCUCGACUUCGUCGUAGGAUCUUUUCUCCCUUCUCAAGAAGGGUCGGGUGUGGUGGGCUGGUCGCUGGCCACGUUCCGCUCGAACUCUGGUCCGUCCUACACGUCGGGGCAGAGUUGGUUCUCGGUGGCGGGCGUGUUCUUCCCUGCCGUGACGGGCGUCAUGGCGGGCAUCAACAUGAGUGGCGACUUGCGGUCACCCGCAUCCGAUAUCCCAGCUGGCACCUUCUCGGCCCUCGGCUUCAGCACGUGCGUAUACCUACUGGUGAUGUACGUACUGGCGGCGACGGUACGUAGGCCCGCCCUCCUCGACGACUACAUGGUUACUGAAAAAGUGUCAGCAGUCGGAGUCUUGCUACUCGUCGGGCUGUACACGAGCACCCUCUCCUCCAGCGUGGUCUCUCUCUACGGCACUCCUAGAGUCUUGCAGUCCCUGGCUGCCGAGAACGUCGUGCCCUUCAUGAGGGGGCUAGCUAAGGGGCGUGGGCCCAACCAAGUGCCAGUGCUGGGCGUGUUACUGGUGGUAGGCGCUGCAGCAGCCUGUUUGCUGCUGGGUAACAUCAACACCCUGGCACCCAUAGUCACGACGCCCUUCCUGCUCACCUACGCUACAGUCGACUACGCUUACUUCACCCUCGCCGUCACCGCUGACAUGCGGGCGGCGAAGGAUUACCGCUACAGCACGCGUCAUCCAAGUGAAGGUCGAGGCGCGUCGGUCUUCGGAUGGACGCCGACAACGGAAGGAAUACUCGACAGACUUUUCCCGGAGCGCGUCACACACCACAAAAAGAUCAUCACUAGCACCGCCAGCUCCGACUCCUCCAGUUUGGCAACAACUCCAGAAGAGACAAAUAAUGACCGAAAAUCUGCAGACGCCGCUCUCGGGGGUGCGGACUUACCAAGCUCAGGCAUCACUGCCAAGACUCAACACUGGUACUCGCGCCUCUGCAACCGCUGGGUCGCACUGUUAGGGGCGCUGCUAAAGCUGGUGCUGAUGCUCACCAUCAACUGGGUGUACGGAAUGCUGACGCUGAUGGUGGCGCUGCUCAUCUACUUCUACGUCGGACGCGCGGCUCCUGGCCUGCCGCCAGGCAUCGCGGGCGACUUCUCCUUAUUGCGCUGGCUCAGACUUAGGUGUCUCAUCUGCCUGGGGCGAGCACCGUCUGAGGCAGGCGUGGUUGUGCUGGCGCCUGAGCACCCUGGUGUGGAGGUUGAGUCCCGGCAGAUCACGGAACUCAACCGCGACUUCGCCACGCGCUCCCGCUACCACGCGUCGGAGGGCGGUAACACCAUGCCAGAGCUGCCUUAACCUGGUCAUAUCCUAAUGACACUAGGUUUUUAUGCGCUCCAUAGCGGCUUUAAAGAGAAUAAUUUUUUUGUCCGUUACCCUGGUCAGUUAGUGUACAAACGAUGUCAACAUUUGUCAUAAUUAAAGGCCUCCAAGAUGUGGUUGCCAUCCCCGAGUACGAGUCCCAAAUGUCAUUUGUUGCUUUAAAUGUUGUAAGAUAUCGGGUGAUUCAAGAGAGGAAUUUGCUUAUUUAAUGUAGUAGUUUACGACUCAAUUUUAAAGUACCAAUCAAAUCAAUUUUAAAGUACCAGAAAACUUCCUCGCAGCUUCUUAUUUCAAAUUCCAGAAAAUAUUUUUAAAUGCACCAAAAUGCUUCUACAUUUCCAAUCUUUUCAACUGCUUUCGUUGUUUCCUGAAUGUUCGAUGUUGUUUAAAUAGGCCCAAACGUGAAGCGGAGUGCCCUUCAGCCCUGUAGUAUACCAAAUAAUCUCUUUUUCCUCACAUCCCGGCCUUGAGAAUCCAAACAUAUAAUUCAAACGCCUGACGUUUAAAAAAACCUAACCCAAAACAAUUAUUGAGGACAGAUUCACUGAAUCAAUUCCAAUAAAGGUUCGACCAAGAUUGUAUCAUAAUUUUCAUUUUAUCAUUGAUUGUAUCAACGGUAGUAAAGAAUAUAUUAUUUUCUCAAUAUUUUAACCCUUCACAAAAUUGAUUACAUGAGGCUUCAACUAAGGUUUUAGUAAUUUAUAUAAGAAGAGUUUCUAUAAAGACCAAAAUUAGUUUACGCAAGUUCUUUUUACUGGUGCUCUGGCAUCCUUAUAACUAUUGUCCAAUUGAUGCAAGUGAGCUACAUGUUCUCGCAAGACAAUUUUUUGUUUGAACUUUUCAAACCAUUCAAGGUUUUUUUGGGGCUGCUGGCUGCAUGUCAUGUUCUUUUUAUCCUUACUUGCUCGCAUACUACGAAUAUAUGGCCGCUGGAAACGCAAUACUUCUCGAUGCCGCGCAAAUAUUAAUAAAACAAAUAACCUUGAUAUCUAUUGUUCAUAAACCAAUUUUAAGUGUUCAAGAAAAUGGAUUCUAUUAUGUUCAGAAACACAGACUGAAUGAUUUUAACUUUUGAAUCCCCGAUACAUAGUUUUUAUUAUCAAUUAAUAAAUGUGCCAACGUCUUCAUGUUUUCAUGAGUGUAAGGAAAAUAAUUUAGUGCAUGCAAAUACGAACUUGAAAAUCCUAUAUUCUCUGAAACAAACUUCGGGUAUAAUCUUCAGAAAGUAAUUCCUGAUGAUGACAAAGUGCAGUUCUGAUUGCAACCAUUACUAUUAAACUGCAAUUUAUGUACAGUCGAGAAAGUACAAUGUGCUCUAUUAUCUCACUGCCAAUUAAUACACUCUUACCUUCAAACUUUUAAGUCUUAUACAAUGAAGGGUUUCGUGAGUGUUAAAACCUUAUCACUUAGGUAAGGACGAUGAUACUAUUUUUCAUUGUACAGAAAAGUACAUUUGGUGUGCCCUCUAAAGGAUAUUCUCAAAUUAAACCCAGACAUUUAAAAUAAUUUUCAAAAUAUUGUUCACAUAUUGUUCACAUUAUCUACUUCUUUUUGAGGCAGAAAUAUUCGUGUUAUAUGUUAAAAAUGAAUGGUAAAAACACACAGUAUUAAUUAGCGAUAUGUAUAAAAAACUUCCUGAGAAUAAGAAUUCCUAGACAACAUCUGCUAACAGACAAU